AUGACCCUCCAUGUUAGAUCUUCAAAAUCCAUCGUCACCACUGGAAAACACAGCUUCAAUUUCAUAAAGGUUCGUUUAACUUUCUUAUCGAAAUCUUUUCAUCAAUCUCAGAACUACCCAUUUGUCAAAACCAAUACCCAGAACUGUACAAAUAAUAGUAUCGAUUGCACCGAGUUUCAUUUCAAGAACCUCAUAUUUUCAGCGAUUGAAAGAAAUUAUUGGGCAUUUUGUUACAAUACUAAACCAGGUCCUAACCCGCUUCAGGAUAGAUUUCAAGCAGUGAUAUUUGAACCCGAAUUGUUUACUAGGGUUCUUAGUUCAAUCAAAGAACACCCCAGGAUUGCUCUUAGGUUCUUCCAUUGGGUGGAAAAACAAUCAGGCUUUACGCCUUCAGAUAAUUCGUUUAUUGCUAUUCUUGAGAUUCUCGCGGAGAGCAAUCUGAUGAAUCGGGCGUAUCCAGUGAUGGAAAAAAUGGUUUGUGGGAAUUUGAAUGGGGUUGUGAAUUCUUUAAUCGAUGGCAACCUGAAUGCAAAUAUUGCAGCUAAGCUGCUCGACUUUAUGCUCUUUUUCUUAGCUAAGAAAGUCAUGGUUGAGCAAUGUUUAUGGGUUUUUAAUAAAAUGGUCGAAAGCAAGUUCUUGCCAGAUGUGAAGAACUGCAACAGGAUUCUUAAGAUGCUUAGAGAUAAGAAAUUAGUUCACAAAAGAAAACAAGUUUAUAGUAUGAUGAAUGUGUAUCACAUUGAGCCAAACAUCAUAACAUACAAUACUUUGUUGGAUUCAUAUUGCAAAGAGGGAGAAGUGGGACAAGCAUUAAACCUUUUGGAAAAGAUGCAAACAAAAGGCUGUGAACCCAAUGAUGUUACUUAUAAUGCAUUGAUUAGUGGGAUGGUGAAAAUAGGCGAUUUUGAUCAAGCAAAAGAGAUGCUUUCUGAGAUGUUAGUUUUGGGGUUGAAGGUAUCAUCAUACAGUUACAAUCCCUUAAUUCGUGGGUAUUGUGAGAAAGGCUUAAUUGAAGAAGCAUUCAAUCUUGUUGAAGAAAUGGCGAUUGUAGGAGCUUCACCAACUGUACAUACAUACAACAUUCUCAUGUAUGGAUUAUGCAAACAAGGAAGAAUCGUUUAUGCUCGCCAACAACAUUCCAUUAUGCUAAAAAAGAGUUUAAUGCCAGAUAUAGUUUCAUACAAUAUUUUGAUUUAUGGGUAUUGUCUUUUGGGGCGUAUAAAAGAAGCUUUCUUGUUGGUAUCCGAGUUGAGGCGUAGGGAUCUUUUUCCUACAAUGAUUACCUACAACACCCUUAUGCAAGGGCUAUGUGGAAGUGGUAAUAUGCAAAAGGCAAUGGAGCUCAAGGGCGAAAUGGUAAAUCUUGGUUUUCCUCCCGAUGUUUACACUUACACGAUAUUGGCAAAGGGUUGUUACAAGAUGGGUGAUUUGGAAAUGGGUACAAAAACUUAUCAAGAAAUGAUUAGACAUGGUUUGCAGCCUGAUCAAUACGCGUACAUCACUCGAAUAGCAGGAGAACUGAAACUUGAUGAUACCAAAAGAGCAAUUGGGUUACUAGAAAUCCUUGAAAAACGUAUUGGGCCCAAUUUAAUCACAUAUAAUGUGUUUGUACAUGGUCUUUGUAAGGAUGCAAAUGUUGAAGGAGCUAAUGAGUUGAUAAAAGAAAUGGUUAGUAAAGGCUUUGUUCCUGAUCAUUUCACAUAUACAAGUAUUAUUUGUUCACAUUUGGAAUCUGGGAAGAUUCAAAAAGCCAAAGACUUGUUUUAUGAAAUGCAAAGCAAAGGGGUGGAUCCUACGGUUGUGACGUACACAGUGUUGAUACACGCACAUGCGGUUACUGCAAGGGUAGAAUGGGCAUUAAUGUAUUUCAUGGAGAUGCAAGAGAAGGGUAUCAUGCCGAAUGUGAUUACAUAUAAUGCAUUGAUCAAUGGUUAUUGCAAAUGUAGACGUAUGGAUCAUGCGUAUAGAUAUUUUUCUGAAAUGGAAGCGAGAGGUUUAGUUGCUAAUAAAUAUUCUUAUACCAUUUUGAUUAAUGGGAAUUGUGAUUUGGGGAAUUGGAGUGAGGCUUUGAGGUUAUAUACAGAGAUGGUGGAUAGAGGAAUUGAGCCUGAUUCGUGUACACAUAGUGCAUUGUUGAAGAAAAUAGGUUUGGAUUCAAAAGCUGAUGCUGUUCGUUAUCUUGAAAAUGUGGUUCUUGGUGGACACGUUAACAAAUCACUUGAAAUGACUUCAGUUAAAUUGACUCGAAUGUUUAUACAUUCAAGAAAUAGAUUUGAUACACUAGAGCUCACAAUGAGAAACAAUCUUUUAUGAUGUUAUAACAGGUAUGUAGAUGAGAAAAAUGUCUGGAAAGUUAGUAUCGUAUUCUUUCAUUUUUUUUUUGCUAAAUGAAUCUUGAUGAUCAUCAUCAUGUCAAACCAUAAAGCCAUACCUUGUUUGUUCCAAUGCAAACACUCUUCUUGUAUAACUUAUUCAUAUUCAGUUGAAUGCAAAAUUCCCGAGAAGUUUUGCAGUAUGCAUAUAGUGGUGUUCUUUGCAAUUGUAGACAAAUUUUAGAAAUAAAAUGCAAUACAAACCAUCAGAAAUUUUGCUAUAUCUUGCUAAAUGUGGUGUGUUCUUUUUGCAUUUUUACGUGAAUGGUGUUUGUUUGAAAUAGAGGAAGUCAAGUAUAUGAUUAUUUGAAAAUCAGGUGACUUGUAGACCAAUGAGGUUAAAAUUGUGUUUAUAUAUAACUUUUGGUUGUAAGCCUGAUGAGAAACAGCUUCAGAGAUCCAGUAUCAGUCUUCCAAAAAGCGCCAUAAAAACAGGACCAUGCAAUCCAGGAUGCUUAAAAUCUGGUUAACCAACCCAAAGUAUAUGUCUUAAAACACCAUUUGAAUGUAUGUGUGAUGUGUCACAAAUAUAAUUUGUUGGAGUGCAUUUUGGGGUUUUCCUUGUUUAUAGGGUUUACUUCAUUUGUAUAGUAGUUCAUGGGUUAAAGUUCAUUCGAUGCAUGUUCUUUAUCUUUGGGUUCUUCUUUGAGCAUUUGGAUAGGAGUGUCAUAAAAAUUGCAUUUGAAUAAUUCAUCCAAUCGAAUAAAGUAUGGG